CCUUCCACAAAACUGCGUGUAUAAUUUGCAAUUUAUAUUUUAAAUGUUUUAAAAUCAAUAUUUAUUUGUGUUACGCUGCUCCGGUUGCCUGCUUUUGAACGUUAUUCCGGUCCGCCCUCCCCCGCGCUGAUAGCGGCGUACAGCCCCUCGGUGAGCCGCUUUCUCUGCACAUGUAGUGCGGGUAGCUCCACGCCGCGCUGCUGCUUGCUUGUUAGGCGGUGUUGUUGACAGGAUCGUGUUGUCUACUCGGUUUCUCCCGAAACGAAAAACCGUUACUGCAAACUCUAUUUUUUACUGGAGAGAAUUGAUAUCACAGGAGAGGCCUGAGCAACAUUGGAUGUGAUGUCCAGCUCGCCGCUGUCCAAGAAGCGCCGCGUGUCCGAAUCAGAGACGAAGACGGGAUCCAACUGCUCCUCCUCCAGCUCUGUGAGAACUGAACUACCCUGUACAACCAGCAGCACCCCCGCCAACGGUAUGGCUAAGAAUGGGAGCGAGACCGAGAUUGAUGAGGGACUGUAUUCCCGACAGCUGUACGUGUUGGGCCACGAGGCGAUGAAACGCAUGCAGAACUCCAACGUGCUGAUCUCGGGAAUGAGAGGGCUGGGAGUGGAGAUCGCCAAGAACGUCAUCCUGGCGGGAGUGAAGACUGUCACCAUCCACGACUCUGCAGCAGCUGAGUGGAGGGACCUCUCUUCACAGUUCUAUCUGCGUGAGGAGGACCUAGGAAAGAACCGCGCUGAGACCACACAGCCCCGCCUGGCAGAGUUGAACAGCUACGUGUCUGUGUCGGCCUACACCGGAGCCCUCGCUGAGGAAUACCUGCAGCAGUUCCAGGUCGUUGUGCUGACAAACCCCUCUCUGGAGGAGCAGUUAAAGAUUGCAGAGGUCUGUCACAGCAAAGGGAUCAAGCUGGUGAUCGCUGACACUCGUGGACUCUUUGGCCAGCUGUUCUGUGAUUUUGGAGAGGAGAUGAUCGUGUUGGACCCGAAUGGAGAGCAGCCUCUGACUGCAAUGAUCUCGAUGAUAACAAAGGACAGUGCCGGUGUGAUCACCUGUCUGGACGAGGCGCGACACGGGUUCGAGAGUGGAGACUACGUCACCUUUACUGAGAUCCAGGGCAUGACUGAACUCAACAACUGUGAACCGGUCGAGAUCAAAGUGCUGGGUCCCUACACGUUCAGUGUCUGCGACACCAGCUCUUUCUCGGAUUACGUUCGAGGUGGGAUCGUUUCACAGGUCAAGGUGCCCAAGAAGAUUUCCUUUAAAUCUCUCUCUGCAUCUCUGGCUGAGCCAGAGUUUGUCCUGACAGACUUUGCUAAGUUUGAGCGACCGGGUCAGCUGCACCUGGGCUUCCAGGCCCUGCAGCGGUACCAGAAACAGCACGGCCGCAGCCCCAAGCCAUGGAGCCAGUCGGACGCCGAGGAGUUUGUCUCCCUCUGCAAGUCUCUCAAUGAGUCUCUCUCGGGCUCCGCCAAACAAGAGCAGCUGGACGAAGGCUUGCUGAAGAAGCUGGCGUACCUGGCAAUGGGAGACCUGGCCCCUGUCAAUGCCUUCAUCGGAGGACUUGCAGCGCAGGAGGUCAUGAAGGCCUGCACAGGGAAGUUCAUGCCUAUAAUGCAGUGGUUGUACUUCGAUGCUCUGGAGUGUCUCUCUGAAGAGGAGGGGGUCAUGCUGUCGGAGGAGGAGUGUGCACCAAGGAACUGCCGCUACGAUGGUCAGAUCGCUGUGUUUGGGUCCAAGUUGCAGGAGAAACUGUCCAAGCAGCGCUACUUUCUGGUGGGGGCCGGCGCGAUUGGCUGCGAGCUGCUGAAGAACUUUGCUCUGAUUGGUCUGGCGAGUGGGGAGGGUGGGGAAGUGAUCGUGACGGACAUGGACACCAUUGAGAAGUCAAACCUCAACAGACAGUUCCUGUUCAGACCCUGGGAUGUGACGAAGAUGAAGUCUGACACCGCGGCGGCUGCAGUAAAGCAGAUGAACCCCGACAUCCGAAUCACAAGCCACCAGAACCGGGUCGGUCCCGACACAGAGAGAGUCUACGAUGAUGACUUCUUCGAGGGGCUGGACGGAGUGACCAACGCGCUGGACAAUGUGGACGCCAGGAUGUAUAUGGACCGGCGCUGUGUGUAUUACCGCAAACCCCUGUUGGAGUCUGGAACUCUGGGGACCAAAGGGAACGUGCAGGUGGUCAUCCCCUUCCUGACAGAGUCCUACAGCUCCAGCCAGGACCCCCCGGAGAAAUCAAUCCCCAUCUGCACCCUGAAGAACUUCCCCAACGCCAUCGAGCACACCCUGCAGUGGGCCCGUGACGAGUUUGAAGGUCUCUUCAAGCAGCCGGCAGAGAAUGCAAUGCAGUACCUCACAGACCCCAAGUUCAUGGAGCGCACUCUGAAGCUGCCCGGCGCCCAGCCCCUGGAGGUGCUGGAGGCUGUGUAUAAGAGCCUGGUGACUGACUGUCCUCAGAGCUGGGAGGACUGCGUGGCGUGGGCCCGGAACCACUGGCAGUGCCAGUACAACAACAACAUCCGCCAGCUGCUGCACAACUUCCCCCCGGAGCAGUUGACCAGCUCUGGUGCCCCCUUCUGGUCAGGACCAAAGAGAUGCCCUCACCACCUGGAGUUCAGCACCAGCAACGACCUUCACGUGGAUUACAUCAUGGCGAGUGCUAACCUGCUAGCCAAGACGUACGGUGUGCCGGGUUCACGCGACCGCGCUGCCUUGGUGAAGAUCCUGGACACCGUGCACGUGCCGCAGUUCACUCCACGCUCUGGAGUCACGAUCCACGUGUCUGACCAGGAGCUGCAGAACGCCAACACCUCCACCGAUGAUUGCAGGCUGGACGAGUUGAAGAGCCUUCUACCCAAAUCAGAUUGUCUGUCGAAAUUCAAGCUGACUGCUAUUGACUUUGAGAAGGACGAUGACACCAAUUUCCACAUGGAUUUUAUUGUCGCAGCAUCAAACCUCAGGGCAGAAAAUUAUGACAUCCCUCCAGCAGACCGACACAAGAGCAAGCUGAUUGCUGGGAAGAUCAUCCCUGCCAUCGCCACGACGACGGCGGCUGUGGUGGGCCUGGUGUGUCUGGAGCUGUUCAAGAUCGUUCAGGGCCACCAGAAAGUGGAGUCCUUCAAGAAUGGCUUCAUGAACCUGGCACUGCCCUUCUUCGCAUUCUCUGAGCCCAUCGCAGCGCCCACACACAAGUACUAUGAACAGGACUGGACUCUGUGGGAUCGCUUCGAGGUGAAGGGGUUGCAGGAUGAUGGGAAGGAGAUGACACUCAAACAGUUCCUAGACUACUUCAAGAAUGAACACAAGCUGGAGAUCACCAUGCUGUCCCAGGGAGUCUCCAUGCUCUAUUCAUUCUUCAUGCCACCCGCCAAGCUAAAGGAGCGACUCCCACAGCCGAUGACUGAGAUUGUGACCAAAGUCUCGAAGAAGAAGCUUGGCAAGCAUGUGAAGGCGCUGGUGUUCGAGCUCUGCUGUAAUGACGACACGGACGAGGACGUGGAAGUGCCCUACGUGCGAUACACCAUUCGCUGAGAGCACAGUUUGGGGGUGGGGAGGGGGUUACUGGACACCAUUCGCUGAGAGCACAACUGUGUGGGGGGGGGCAUUUGCUGAGAGGAGGGAGUGGCUUGGGGGAGGAGCUCCAGGAGUUCUUGCAAUGCAUUCUGGAACUUGUAGUCCUUUUUUAUUUCUCAAAGCUCAACAUGUUGGGAGGUCAAAUUGAUUUCAGAUUUAGCCUAGUUUUAUAGUAAAAAGGAAGGGAGGGGCUUAGGGAAAGAGGCUGAAUUGCUGAAGGCAGGGCUAAGGGUGGGUGAUGCUUGUUUUGGCUGAGAGGAAGGAAUGUUUUUCAGAUGGAAUUUGGUUUUAAAACCUUGGUUAGCACUUAUUUUAAAAGGAGUGCCAGUGGUGAUAUUUCUAGUGUUAAUAAGAUAAGAAAUGUAUUUCAAAGUCUUGGUUACAACCCCUUUUUUUUAAAACUACACAUAAUCUCAAAGUAACAAGAAUAAAACAUUUUACGAAUAAAGCACACCCCUUCAACAUUGUUAUUCUGUGAUGUUUCCCUGUUGGAUACAGGAGCCUGAAGUUCAAAACUGACAGUGCUUUGUGUGCCCUCUCGUGCUAAAUCAGGAGGAGUCUAGCAAAUUCAGUUCCAGCGAGUUAAUAUAAUGGGAGCAAGAUGGAACUAAAUACCUGGUAAAAAAUCUCCAUUCUGGAAAUGUUGGUGCCCUUUUAUUGCAAAGCUGUAACUUAUUUAAAAAAAAUUCUGUUUUCCAUAAAAUCUAAAUCCUGUUUUAGACUUGUUUUCUGGGGCUGCACAGUGGUCUAGAAAAAUGUUUGUUUUAAUCAAUAAAGAGAGUUGAAUGAA